AUGCCUGGUUUUACUAAAUAUUUGAAGGACCUGCUGAUCAAGAAGAAAAUGGUGCAACAUGAAACUGUGAGUUCCAUCAUUUCAACAACUACUGUUCAGAAGAAGGGCGAUCUUGAGGCGUUCACCAUUCCUUGUUCUGUUGGGCACCAUGAUUUUGCUCGUGCUUUGUGUGAUAAUGAGGCGAUUAUUAAUUUGAUGCCACUUUCUAUAUAUAAGCAAUCAGGUUUGGGGAUGCCAAGGGAGACUACUAUGAGGCUAUAUAUGGCUGAUAGAUCUAUUAAGAGGCCUGUUGGCAAGGUUGAUGAUGUUCUUGUGUGGGUUGGUAAAUUCAUAUUGCCUGCAGCUUUUGUGAUUCUUGACUGUACUAUUGAUCGGGACAUUUCUAUUAUUCUGGGGAGACAUUUAUUUGCUACGGGGAAAGCUCUGAUGGAUUCGGAGAAAAAUGAAAUCAAGUUCCGAGUCAACAACGAGGAAGUUACUUUUUCAGGCAAGCAAGGGGAUGAAGUUACCAAGUGCUUAUAA